AUGCCAGCUCGGGGAACAAAACCUUUACCGCGUUAUUUAUGGGACAUGGAUCAUUUGAACGAGAUAACAGGCGGAAAAUACACACAUAAACCACUGAGAGUUAAUAAGCUUGGAGGUCGCGAUCCUGAAACUGGUCGGAAAGUUAAUCAGCACAUUGGCGGAGGAGUCAAGUUCGAUUAUUUCAUGAUCGACUAUCAUAGACGAGGCCCGACUGGAGCGGGCGAAAAAUACGAUGAAAGAGUUCUGGAGGUUCGCAGAGAUCCCAACAGAACGUGUCAUAUUGCGCUUGUCGCUGGUCUCAACACGAAACGAUGGAUUCUUGCCACUGAAAAUAUGAAAGCUGGCGAUAUCAUUUCUACCACCGGACAUUUACCGGAAAAUCCCGUAAUUGGAAUUGAAGGAAAUGCGUAUCCGAUUGGUUCACUCGCUGCAGGGACCCUUGUAAAUUGUAUAGAACGAUACCCAACAAACGAUUCGGAAGUGUUUGUGAAGGCCGCUGGUCUCGCAGCGACAAUUGUACGACACCAAGGAGAUUUCACAGUAGUUAAGCUUCCUCACAAGCAUGAGUUCUCACUUCAUCGAACGUGUAUGGCAACAGUUGGACGAUUAUCGCAUGCUGAUAUUGAUGGAAAGAUUUUCGGAUCUGCCCAAAUGCAUAGAAGAUUCGGAUACAAAAUGUCAAGCGGACUAUUCCACAAGAAAGAUGGCUAUUUUGGUAGAAAAGUUCGUGCUCUUCCACCAGUUCGAGUCCUCGAUACUCCCCCGGUCGAACCUCCGCCGAAUCAGUCAUUUACUUUGUCGAAAUCGGAUUUGUCGGGACUCCACGGACACGCAAAAGUGCAUAAUUUGUUGUCCAGCGGCUAUUCGACACGAGACUAUUUCGAUUAG